UCAACAAUCUGUGGACUUAACUUUUGUUUUCGUUCGGGGCUUCAGCGAUCUAGAUAAAAAGAGUCAACUGGUCGCCGCGUCGACAGCCUUGGAGCAUCUUCAGCCAAACAUCAAAGCGAAUAGAGAAGCAGUGCGUUAAAGAUGAAAAUCCUGCUACUUUUGAUGGCAUCUUUGAUCGCCGUAUGUUUUGCCGAACCAAAACCUGCCAUCAAUGAAGUAAAGUCGAACCAACCACUUCAAAAACCCGGUCGAUUUCUGUCUCUACCAGUACCGGAAAAAUGUGCAUCACGUCCAAAAGAAUUCAACUAUCGUGGUCAUAACUACUUCUACAGCGCACACGUGCCUGCACUGAAAGACAAGCGGGUUGAUUGGUUGGACGGUCGUAACAUUUGCCGCGAGUACUGUAUGGAUCUAGUUUCAUUAGAAACGCAGGAGGAGAAUAAUCUCAUCUUCCGGUUGAUACAACAAAACGAUGUGCCUUAUAUCUGGACCGCCGGUCGCCUGUGUGAUUUUAAGGGUUGCGAAGGACGCCCGGAUCUGGAGCCGAAAAAUAUUUACGGUUGGUUCUGGUCGAAUAACCGCGAGAAGAUCCACGCUACUAACCAGAUCCCGAAUGGAUGGGGUUACAACCCAUGGAGUAAAUCGGGUCAUAAGAAGAUUCCACAGCCAGACAAUGCCGAGUUUGAUAUCAAUCAGACGACUGAAUCCUGUUUGUCAAUCUUGAACAAUGUAUACAACGAUGGAAUUGGUUGGCAUGAUGUUGCCUGCUAUCACGAAAAACCAGUCGUUUGCGAAGAUUCUGAGGAACUAUUGAACUAUGUUGCUGCUACUAACCCCGGUAUCGUUUUGUGAAGCAAUUGUCACUGCAACACCACUGCCUUGAGAAUACUGGCCGGAAUAUUUCGAUAGUUUCGCUCGCAAGAGAAAUGAUCAUCGCUACAUACGUUUAUAUGAAUUCCUCCCGCUACCAAUACUGCUAAUCGUGAAUAAUGUUCUCUUUCCUCAUUCAGAGCAGUAGUGCUCUGCUACCACGGUCUUCUGUAACAACAUAAAAAAUAAUGUGUUUGAGUUUAUCAUUUGAAAAUCAAAAAGAAUGAGAUAGAAAUCAUGAUUCGAUUUCAAGUUUAGAAUGCAACAUUUGACUCAUUCAUUAGUAUCGCAUUUGAGGCAUCUGUCCAUUGGUUGAUUUAGAUGACGAAAUAGCAAUUCUGUGCCACGGUGCAUGAUACUCUAAUUCCAGUCAUACAGCUCAUAACGAAGGCAACUACAGCAAAUAACACUCUACAUUGCAUUGUCAAUGUUUUCAAAAUGUAUAUUUAUUGAAUAAAUAGACUUUUUAAGAAAUA